AAUGACGGUGAAGAUAAGGCUCGCGCGUUUCGGUUGUAAACACAGACCCUUUUAUCGGGUAGUUGUCGCCGAUGAGAAAUCUCGGAGGGACGGCAAGCAAAUCGAGGUUAUUGGGUUUUAUGACCCUCUCCAAGGGAAAGAAGAUGCCAACAGAGUGAGCCUCAAAUUCGACAGGGUCAAGUACUGGUUAUCAGUUGGAGCUCAACCAACAGACUCAGUCGAAAACAUGCUUUUCAGGGCAGGUCUGAUUCCCCCGAAGUCCAUGGUUGUUAAAGGUUCAAAAAAUGGACAGCAAUCUACUAGCCAGCAUGUUUCACCCAUUACAGGUGAAAUCUUGAACUAGGUGUGUGUUUUCUCUAAUGAGCUGAGAGAGAGAGAGAGAAAGAGAGCUUUUGUGUUGUUUAUGCAGUUGAUGUAAUGCCUUCAUUUGGUUUUCAGACUUUUGUGUAUUUGAGUAUUGGACCUGUUGAAUUCUGAAUAUGAGCAUGCCUUUGUUUCAUCAACAA